AUGCCACUCACAGGCCACACCUCGACCGGCACACAGCCCGCACUCCCUCACAAGCCCCGCCACGUCCUCGUCACCGGGGCCAGCGGGCUAAUCGGCUCCUCCAUCGCCCUGCAACUCCUCUCGCUCGGACACUCGGUCCGACUCGCCCUCCGACAGCAAACGCACAUCAAGGACUGGGAGGAGACGUAUGGGAAGAUGUACGAGCCGGGAAGGAUCGAGUACUGGACGCUCGAGAGGGACAUGAGCGAGGAGGGCGCGUUCGACGAUGCGGUGCUUGGGUGCGAUGCGGUCGUGCAUGCGGCGAGUCCGAUGCCUGGAACGCUCAAGGACGACCCCGAGAACGAGAUCCUCAAGCCGGCGAUCAAUGGUGCCCUCUCGAUCCUCCGCUCCGCCGCCAGGUCCGCCUCAGUCCAGUCGUUCGUCCUCACGACUUCGCUGUCCGCAUUCGUCGACCUCCAGGACCUCGAGCGUGACCCGCACUUGACGCUGACGGAGGACAGCUGGAACAAGAUCACCUACGACCAAGCUGUCCGUCUUCCACCUUCUCCGCACCGCGCAAGUCUCGUCUAUGGCGCCUCGAAAGCUCUCGCUGAGCGCGCGUGCUGGGAUUACAUCGAGCAGAAGCAGCCCGACAUGACGUUCUGCACCUUCGGACCCGCUGUCGCGCUCGGAAGGGACCGCACGCCCGGCGUCAAGACCGUCUCGCAGCUUCACUCGAGCGUCGCGGCAGCAGCGCAGGUCUUGUUCGGCGAUGGCGAGCUCAACCCUCCCGCCUUCGUCUCGCUCCACGACGUCGCCCACGCCCACGCUCUCGCCGCGACCUCCUUCUCCCACACCACGAACGGCAAACGCUACCUCCUGAUCGGCCACCGCGCUUCUUUCGACGAGGUGGCACGCAUUGUCGGGGAGAAGAGGCCGGAGUUGAAGAAGCUGGUGAAGGAGAAGAAGGGUGGAGAGGCGAGAGGCGAGUACGGAUGGGAGAGCGGGAGGGUCGAGAGGGAUCUCGGGUUCAAGUACCAACCUCUCGAGGAAUACGUCGGCGAGUUUGCGGACCAGGUGUUCGAAUUGAUGCAUGACGCGGGCCAGGUGUGA